UAGAUUUAGCACAAAAGUUCAAAAGUUGGGCAAAAGGUCCCCCAAUAAGUAAAUAUUCUUCAAAACCAUUUAUAUAGGUGAUUGUAUGGUAUACUUGCGAACAGGUACUUGCCCUCUCAGCCAAGAAUCUCCAAAUCGAACUGACUCCGUACCAUGCCGAUUCCGCGGUCACAUGAUGACCGCUCACAAGAGUCCGAAGCGCCAUCCAAGUCUUCUGUGUAGCGACACCCAACCAACCCCCAGGCCCCAACGAUCGCUCGGCGUAAUAGCGACCUGCGCAAGCGUGCCGAUUGCGCCGUGACCGACACGUCUGCUCAACAUCUCAUGCAGACAUGCCAGACUGCAUGCAUGCCCUACUCCACGUUUGGCCGGCUAUGGGUCAUCGCUUGCACAUCGUACUAUGGUUCCUCGGGAAGCGUUGUUCUUUGUAUGUCGACUACACGCCCUCAACAGCCCGUCCACCGAAUCUCCAACGUACCGUUGCCGCCGCUAUAAAGCGGCAUUUGAGGAUUCGCCAUUCGCCCCGCGCGCACACAUGAUGCUGCUUUCACCAUCUCUCGAGGCCGUGGAUGGCCACAUCUUAUCGGUCGCUCGUGUUGUGAUGGAUGGAGGGAAGGAGGAGGUGGAAGGUGUAUUCUUCGGACACGGUCCUAAAUGGGCAUUUAAUUCGGCUUUUUGGCCGUUGGGAAAAGCCGAAUUUUGAAAAUAGUCCUAAUUAGGACUAUUUGGAAAUUUUGUGGUGGCACAGCACGGCUUCCAUCUGGCACCAUCAUGGCGGAACCCUCGACGCCGCUGUCGACGUCAGAGAUGACGCGGCUCCGCGAGAAGCGGGAACGGCACAAGAAGAACAAGGCAGACCCACUCGUACCGCUUGACGGGCUCCUGGACCGCCUCCUGCAGAAGCACAUCGAUCCGAUCAUCGUGUCCCAGACCGCGCAGUGGAUGGCAGCGCAUGACGCUUUGUCCGUGCAGGUUCAGAUCAAGCUGCGCGCGUUCGCUCUGAGCGAUCGAACCAAAUCAUUCAACCACAAAGUGAUGCUAUUCUACGUGCUCCACGAGUUCCUCAAGAUCGGUGCGCCGGUCGUGGACGUCCCUUCUCGAAAACAGUCGACCGCCGCGUCCUUCGACGCCGUGCGCCGGACUCGGCAUAUGGAAUGGAUGGCGACGGUCGAGCACAUUCUCCAUGCAUGUGUGCGGGAAUACGCAAGUGUGCGGGACUCGUACAAGCCCCGCGACAUGAAGCCCAUCGAGGACCACCGCAAGAAACUGCUCAAGACGCUCGGGCGAUGGGACGAACUUGGCAUCUACCGCGGCAAGCUCAAGGAGUGGAAAAAGGUCGUCCUAGGCGAAGUCAAAGUCCGGAAGGCGCCGCCGCGCAUCCUCCAAAACGUCGUCGCGCCCUUCGACAAGGAAGGUUUGGACCUCCGCCGGGAACUCGACCGCGGCAACAUCGCGUGGUUCUUCGAGCCGGUCGAGUUCCGGUCGCCCCGCGCCAAGCUGCGGCACUGGCGCUUCACCGGCGCCGCCUUCAUCGACACAUUGGGCCGAUGUCUGGGCCUGGAAGCGCAUGUCGUGGUCGCCGCCAUGAGCUUCUACCAGACGCUGUUCAAGCGCGGAUUCUACGCCAAGGAGCGGUACAAGCUGGCGGCGGCGGCGCUCUUCCUCUCGGCUAAAGCGUCCAGUCAGCGCAUGAAGCUGCUCCGGAUGGUCCACGUCAUGCAUUAUGUGCUCGAGACCCCGCUGGUGACAGGGGAUGAGGAAAAAGAAGAGCUGGAGCGGCUGCACUUGUUGCAUUACGAACUUCAAGUGCUCCAGGGCAUCGAGUUCGACCUGACAAUCGCCCUCCCAUUCGACGCGUUUGCCGCCGCCGCCGCCGCGUUUCCACCCGCGGUCAAAGACGCCGCGUUCGUUGCCCUCAAAGAAUUGUAUUGGACCAAAAUGUGCAUCGAGUUCCCGGUCAAGACACUGGCGGCGGCGGCGUGGUACAUCGCGACGGGCGCGGCAGACCCGAAGGCCAUCCGACGCCUCAAGCUGGACAAAGUGCUGGAACAUGAGUGCGAUGUGAUCCAAGAUUACUACAUUGAAUGCAAGGAGUGGAAGGCGGGGCAGCGGGGGGAAUUUGAUUCGCGAACGGAAUCCGACGCGGAUUUAAAGCGAUAUUUGGCGGCUCAACGGGGCGGAUUGUCUAAUUUGUUGCCGGGAAUGGAAAACCCCAGGGAAAAAACCAACCUCAAGCCCGACGAGGUACGUAUUCGUUGGGAUUGUUCCCAAUUAUGUUUGUAUGUAGCUGGAACUCGUGGGCGACCUCCGACUGGAAUUGGCCGCCACUCAAGCCUCGGCAGCUAUAAAACCACCAAAAGUUAAUCUAGACAAGGAGCCGAAACCAACAGACAGGAAACCUCGGGACACCGACGACCAUCAUUCUCGAAGCAGGCGCCACAGAGAUAGAGGGCGGUCGGGUACCAAGUAUGGAGGGAUGCGGAAGGAUCAUCACUCCUCGCGCAGCCGGUCACGCGACCGCCGACAAAAGCCGCGGCGUGACUCGACGGACGACAGACGGACUUCGAGGAAGCGAGGACGAAGCGGCAGCAGCCGGCGGCGGUCGGACAGCGACUCGAGUGACCGAUACCGCAAAGAUAGACGAUGAUAAGAAUGCACACAUGUUAUUAACGAGUGUACUGUUUAAGUUCAG